UCACGUCACGUCUCACGAUUCAAACACAUUUGCAUUUCACAUCUGUUAAAAACUUUCUCGUUGUUAGACGUCUACAUACACACAAAUAAUUCAUUGAUACAAAGUCCAAUUCUUUGCUACAAACAUUGUUAUAUAAAUUCAUUUAAUCAAGAUGAAUCCUAUAUCCCAGGUUGUGCGUGCGACUAGGCCUAUCUAUCGUAAACUAUCAACCACGGUACCAAAUGGAGCUGCUGCAAAACCUAUUCCAACAACCGGCAUGUGUUUUGAAUUGAACGAUGAGCAAAAGGCCCUGCAGGACUUGGCGCGCAAGUUCACGAGGGAAGAGAUCAUGCCGGUCGCUGCUCAAUACGACAAGAGUGGGGAGUACCCCUGGCCCAUUGUAAAGAAGGCGUGGGAAGUCGGCCUAAUGAACGGCCAUGUUCCUGAGCAUUGCGGGGGCAUGGGCAAUUUUGGUGUUUUCGACGAGUGUCUCAUCGGUGAGGAAUUUUCGUUUGGUUGUACUGGCAUUGCGACAGCGGUCGGGGGAACUGGUCUAGGACAAACUCCCGUUAUUAUUGCUGGUAAUAAAGAACAGCAGAAGAAAUACUUGGGCAGGUUGAUUGAAGAACCCAUUGUAGCUGCAUACUGCGUGACAGAACCUGGCGCAGGUUCUGACGUGGCCGGUGUUAAGACUAAAGCCGAGAAGAAGGGAGACGAAUGGAUCCUGAACGGGCAGAAGAUGUGGAUCACCAAUGGAGGGGUUGCUAACUGGUACUUCGUAUUGGCUAGAACGAACCCUGACCCCAAAUGCCCGGCGAGCAAGGCUUUCACUGGAUUCAUUGUGGAGAGAGAAUGGGCUGGAGUUAACCCUGGACGUAAGGAACAAAACAUGGGCCAACGCGCUUCAGACACGCGCGGCAUCACAUUCGAAGAUGUUCGUGUCCCGAAGGAAAACGUGCUUAUUGAAGAAGGCGCUGGAUUCAAGAUCGCUAUGGGCGCUUUCGAUAAGACACGCCCACCGGUAGCAGCCGGUGCCACGGGUCUAGCUAACAGGGCUCUCUACGAGGCUACCAAGUACGCUAUGGAGAGGAAGACCUUCGGCGUGCCGAUCGCCCAACACCAAGCUGUGUCCUUUAUGUUGGCUGAUAUGGCCAUCGGUGUGGAAGCUUCCAGACUCGCUUGGCAGAGGUCUGCGUGGAUGGUCGACCAUGGUCAAAGGAACACCCUCAUGGCGUCGGUAGCCAAGUGUUUCGCUUCAGAAGUCGCCAACAAAGCCGCGGCUGAUGCCGUCCAGAUCUUCGGUGGAAACGGCUUCAACACUGAAUACCCAGUCGAGAAGCUCAUGAGAGACGCCAAGAUCUACCAAAUCUAUGAAGGAACCUCUCAGAUCCAAAGACUCAUCAUUUCACGAGAAAUCCUCACUGCCGCCAAACAAUCGAAUGCCUAAUUUGAUAUAUAUUGCUCUCUGUACGCAGUAGCAUCCUAUUAGUAUACAGAUGUGUACUAUAACCAAAUAUGAAACGAAAUUGACUAAAUUAGACUACUGGUUUUGCUCUGAAUCAAUAGUUCGCUUUCAUAUUUUAUAUUACAGUUUUAUACCUGCACAGUUAAUAAGGCUGCUUUAAAAUUUAAACUAAAAUUAUGCGAGUGAUGUAUGCCUACUUAUUUAUAAGCCUAAAAUGAUCGAAUUUUUAUAAGGGAAUAAGGCACGAUAACAAUAAAACAACUAAUGCAUAAUUUUAAUGUUUUAAAGGUUUAUUUUAGUAAAUUUAAUAAAUAUACAUUUUAAAUAGAACUUAUUUUUGGAUGUGAAAUAAUUGUUCAAAUAAAUAUUUCUAUUGUU